GUGAAUUCUUUAAACCCAACUUAGAUUUUAAUGAAUACUUUUUGCACUUGCAGGAGAAUUACAGGUACAAAGAAGAAAAUAUGUCCAGAGGAAAACGAAGCUGAUGACAACCGAGAUGAUGAUGAGACUGAACGUGAUGGUGGAUGCAGUGAUGCUGAUCAUGCAAAGCAGGAAGAGAUAGAAAGCCUUAAGAAACAAAUGGAUGUUUUGAGGAAGAAGUUGAAGGAUGCUGAGGAAGAAAACGUUCAACUUAAGGAAAAGCUGAAGAAAACAGAAGAUGAAGUGAAACUCGUGAAGAACAUGAAGAGAAAAACUGAUGCUUCUGAUGGUAAUCAGAAAAAAAACAACUCAAAAGGCGAGUUUGCGGUCGGCCAAAAGGUGUGGGCUUUAUACACGGAUGAAAAAUCAUACCCUGCAAAAAUUAUUGCCUGCAAUGGAGAAAGUUACAAAGUGAUGUUCUUUGAAGACAAGAUUCAACAUGAGGUUGAACUUAAUGGGCUUCGACCAUUUGGAAAACAACUUGAUUGAACAAAAUUAUUUCUGAAAAUUUGUUAAUAGUUUGUAAAUUUACAAAGUGUUGGAAUAACCAAAGUUGUGCUUUUAAUUUACGAAUUAUGGAUUUGUUAAGAACCUUUGAAUUUAUCAAGUUUUACUGGUUUUUUUUAAUUGUGCCUAAAUUUACGAAGUAUGGUUUUGUUAAAAAUCUAUGAAUUUACUAAGUAUUUCUGAAAUUGUUUAAUAAUGCGUCAAUAUACGAAGUAUGGUUUUGUUAAGAACCUUUGUAUUUACCAAGAUUUCUGAAAAAAUUUAAUAGUGCGAAGUAUGUUUUUGUUCAAAAUCUUUACCAAGUAUUUCU